GAAAUUUAGCAAUGGUGGGUAAGUACGGAAUUGCAAAUUACAAAAAUAGCAAUAAAAUGUUUCCUGUAGCUGUUGGAUUUUAAUAGAAGGAAAGGAAUCUACCGUCUAACUGUGUUUGGCGUCUCAAUCGCACCAACAAAUUCUCCAUUUCCCAGACUACAAGGUAAGCAGCACCCAACCCACCCGGGGGACGCAAUUGACAAGCAUUUGAGGCCCCAUGGCUGCAAAUAUGGAUUGGGAGAUUGGUGAGUCAACAGAUUCCUCUUCUUCAGCUGAUAUAAUGUCAGAUGCUGGAAACUUUGAGUGCAAUAUCUGUUUUGAAUUGGCACAAGAGCCAAUUGUUACACUCUGCGGUCACCUUUAUUGUUGGCCUUGUCUUUACCAAUGGCUUCAAAUUCAUUCACAUUCCCACGAAUGCCCAGUUUGUAAGGCUCUUGUACAGGAGGAGAAAUUAGUUCCUAUAUAUGGAAGGGGCAAGACAAGCCCGGAUCCAAGAUCCCGACCCAUGCCUGUUACCAUCCCCAGUCGCCCCAUGGGGCAGAGACCGGAAACUGCUCCACGUGUGGAUAUAAACUAUUUCCGCCACUAUGAGUCAGAUCCCAUGGCAAGGUUUGGUCAAUCAACAUUAUCUACAUUUUUUGGUUCCCUACCAGCCUUUUUUAACUUUCAUGCACAUGGAUUUAAUGAUGCUACUGUAUAUGGAACCACUUCUGGAGUUCCGUACUUGUUUUCUGGUUUGUUUCACGGGGGUUAUGCUCAUGGAUUUCAUUAUCGUUCGUAUCAAGUUGAUGGGAAAAUGCUUUUGUGGAAGAUGUUUUGUGGGAUUCUCAUUUUCGCCAUAGUUAUGCAUCUAAUCCUUUGCUGAAAUUGAUUUCUUGAUGGGAGUUAUGUUUCUAGUAAUGAAGUUGUAUAUUUCAGGUCAA